AGUACUUACAUUUGGUUGGGGACUUUAUGGACAGGAUUAAUAUGUAGGUAUAGUAGAAAGGAUGGAGAUAAAGCAAGUAUAUUGUUGAAGAUGAGGUUCCUUGUAUCAUGGAGAUAUUGACUUUUAAUCCUUCAUAAUUUUCUCUUAAAUCUUGAGGUCACAUGGAAUGACUAAUCAUUCAGUUUGCUCUUUUGUAAUUUUUACCUGUGUGCUCAAUAUCCAGUGCGGGAAUGGAUCUACAGAUGAUGAACUCAGUCCAAAAUGUGUUUCUUCUCUUUUGGGCGUCAGUUUGCUCGGAGUUGCUGCUGGUUUAUGGCACACACUGUGUAUUUCAGUUGAUGGUGGUGUCUAUGCAUUUGGCGGAAAUCAGUUUGGACAGCUAGGAACCGGUCUAGAUCAAGCAGAGACACUUCCCAAACUAUUGGAUGCCCCAUCAUUAGAGAGUAUGAAUGCGAAAAUUGUUUCCUGUGGUGCUCGCCACAGUGCCAUAGUUACAGAGGAUAGCAGAGUUUUUUGCUGGGGAUGGAACAAAUAUGGCCAGCUUGGCCUUGGUGAUUCUAUUGACCGGAACAUACCCUCUGAGGUCCCAAUCGAGAACCUCCGCAUCAUGAAUGUUUCUUGUGGGUGGUGGCAUACUCUUGCACUUGCAAAAUCUCCUAUUUGAAAUCAGAUUCCAGUUUGCGUGCGCAAAUGAAGCAGCAGUUUUGUUAGGUUAUUAGGUAGAUUUUAAAAGAUGCAUUUUGUGCAAAGUUGGCCCUGCCCUGCCUGUAUGUUUAUAAUAUUUGCAUCCAUUCUUUUUUUCUUGUAUACCUAGUAAUGCUGUAUCAUUUAGCUCUCUUCUAUUACAUUCUCCCUGCUUCUAGUUAGCCAUGUACACAGUGCUGAUUAUAGAUAGGUUCUCAAGAUUGCUCUAACCAGAAAUUUUCAAAUUUAUUAGUGAAAUUAUUGAUCAAGCUUCAUGUUAUUAUCAAA